AUGGGGGAAAAGCAAUCGAAGCCAAUUCCUCCAACAUUAAUUGAACGUCUAUCUAAUGAAAUUUUCAUUGAAAUCUUUUCUUAUUUAAAUGGAGUUGAUGCUGCUUUUGCUUUCUCACGACUUAACUAUCGUUUUCAAUGUUUACUUCUUGAGUAUUGUCAAUUCUUUGAUUGUAAAUCAGCAAGCAAAGUGCCAUUUGAACUCGUUUUUCGACGACAUGAUACACAACAGUGGAAAUCAUUACAACUUUACGAUGAUGAUGAUACAUCUGGACAGAUUGAAUAUUUUAAUAAAAAUUAUUCUUUCGUUGAACAUUUUCCUCAACUCCAAUCGUUGUCUUUAUUAGAAAUGAAAACUGAACAUAUAUAUAGAUUAUUAUAUCAACUUCGAUCUCUUACAAAUCUUAACUCAUUAACAAUUGACUCUAUAUGUGGAAAAAAAUGUCUAAAUAUUAGUCUUCCAAAACUUAAACGACUUGCUUUUAGUUCAUGUAGAAAUACGAAAUGGAUCAAAAACUUUUCUCAACUUGAAACUCUUGAAUAUACUAUAAUUACUUGCCAUUCUUGCAAAACAGUUCCAAUAUGGCCACUAACAUUAAAACGACUCAAAAUCAGUUUUUUGAAGGAUGAAGAUGUUAUAUUGAUGCAAGGAUCCCUUGCUAAUUUAUCUAAAUUAAUAACGCUCGAGAUUUGUCAAAAAGAACGAGGAAGAUUACUUCCCAAUGGUCAAGUAUGGGAAAAUUUGAUUUGUUCAUCACUUCCAUUAUUACAAAACUUCAAGUUUUAUUUUCAAUUCGAAGUUUUCCCAUAUUCAACCAAUCAAGUUAAACAAAUAGUAACAUCGUUUUCAACGCCUUUUUAUAAACGUGAAAAGAAUUGGUUUAUUCGUUGUGAUAUGUCUCGUGAAUAUCCAUAUCCAGCAGUUCUUUACUCACUACCAUUUCCUUUUGAUCAAUUUACAAUUUUGACAAAUUCUUUCGACGAAAGUAUUUCAACUUUCUUCCAUGAUACCCGUAAUAAUUAA